CUGCAUGAACUCUCGUCGUCGCAGAAAGCGUGGCGUUCAGCCCUUCUACGGCACCGGAUGGAUGAGCAACAACAACAAGCACAACCAGCAGGGCACCUACGCCUACAAUCAGCCCUACAAUGGUCAGCAGCAAGGGCAUGCGGGCUACCCCCAACCGGGCAGCACCUACCAGAACCCGCCGCCGGCCUACGGACAGGCGCAGCAGCAACCUCAGUACACCGGCACCACGUUCAACCCCAACGACGGAUACUACGGCGGUCAUAACGAGGGUAUUCACUUGCAGCAGCCUCAGAACGCCUACCAGCGCGAUUCGUACGCGCCGCCUGCUGGUCCGCCGCCCGGAAAGUAGACGGGAUGAAGAUGAUGAUGAUGUGGGGUUUCCUGAGGUGUGGAAGGGUUCGAGGCGGAGAGGCGUGAAACUUCUUUGACUGCUAUGAGUACGACGACUUGCGAACACACAGAUGAUACCUUGAUUGCG